AUGGAGCUUGUCCUUACGGCAGGCGAUGCACCUGGGACCAGCAGUCCUUUUCCACCUAAUUACUCGGCCGGGCCAUUGACAUGGACCACACCACUCUUCUUAACACCUACUGCAUUACUCGUUGGCAUUAUACUAUUUGGACUCGGUCGAUAUCUGUUGAUUACACGUGGCUAUCCAUGGAUUGAUGCUGAUGCUCCUGGAGCAACUCGUCGUCAUUUAUCACCACUUUCUCGCUUGGUUGUGGCAGUUUCCAUUACGAUUGUCUUGACAUUUCUCGCUGAAGCUAUUGUAUUCGCAACACGUGCAUUCCUUGAGCAUCAUUGGACAUCGACCGUACUCGUAUAUUACAUUGGCGUCUCAUGGCUCGCUUGGAUGAUUGGAUUAAUGUGCGUGGCCGACGAGACUCACAAAUUCGGUGCAUGGAGCUGGGUUCAGUACAUGUUCUGGAUAAUAGCUGGAUUGGGUGAAACCAUGGUAGGCUGGUUAUGGCUUGUGGGCUUGCUUCGUCCAAGACCAGGCACAGUGUUUACUGUUUACGACUAUGUAUUCUUUGCGGUGUUUGCUACGCGUUAUGUCCUUGAAUUAGGCACGCUGUUGCUAUGCAUCAUUCAAAUGUUUAUGAUUCGUGCUUCCGAGGAAUCCACUCCACUACUCGCCAAUGGUACAAACAACGCCACCACAUAUGGUACAUCCACUAGCAACCAACAACAACAACAACAACAACCAAACGCUUCCAAGGAUAAGAGCGCAUUCUCCAAUUUCUUUGCAAAGAUGCGGCGACUUCUCCCUUACAUUUGGCCGCAUAAAUCUCGAUGGUUGCAGUUUUUGGUCCUCGUUUGCUUCUCGCUCAUGUUACUCGGUCUCGGUGUCAAUGCAUUGACCCCAUUACAAAUUGGAAGAGUCGUUGAUGGCUUGGGUGAAGGAAAAGGUACAUUUGCAUGGGCUGCUGUACUUGCAUAUGUCGGCUUGAAAUUCCUACAGGGUGGAUCCGGUCUUAUUCAAUCCAUGCAAAAUUGGCUCUGGAUCCCCAUCGGUCAAUACACCACACGUGAAAUUUCAGUGCGCAUGUUCAGCCAUCUUCACAGCCUAUCACUCCAAUUCCAUAUCAACCGCAAAACAGGCGAGGUGCUUCGUGUCAUGGAUCGUGGAACAAGCAGCAUCGUCCAAUUACUAUCACAAAUCCUCUUUCAGGUGCUUCCUGCCCUUGCCAACAUUGGUGUCGCUGUCGUGUUAUUCUGGUUCUAUUUUGCACCAGCAUUUGGUAUCAUUGUCUUUGUUACCAUGUCCAUGUAUCUCUUUGUCACCAUCUCCCUCACUGAAUGGCGCACAAAGUAUCGCCGUACCAUGAUUGAAUUGGACAACCAAGCACGUACCAAAGCCGUCGACUCGCUUUUGAACUUUGAGACUGUCAAAUACUAUGGUGCAGAAUCAUUUGAAAUCAAUCGCUAUGACAAGGCUAUCGUCGAGUAUCAGAAGGCUGAUUGGAUGAGCUCAUCUUCCCUCAACGUGCUCAACUUGGCUCAAAAUGCUGUCAUCACAAGCGGUCUUUUGGCAGGAUGCUUGCUGUUUGCAUGGGAAGUUUCGGAAGGCAACCUCUCAGCUGGUAACUUUGUGGCAUUCAACGUUUACAUGAUGCAAUUGUACACUCCUCUUCACUUCUUUGGUACCUAUUAUCGUAUGAUCCAACAAAACUUUAUCGAUAUGGAGAAGAUGUUGGCCCUAUUCGAGGAGAAGCAGACGGUUCAGGAUGUGCCAUAUGCAAAGGAAUUGACCGUCAAAGAGGGACAUGUCGUAUUUGAUAAUGUCACAUUUGGUUACGAUCCUCGUCAAACUGCUCUCAAUGGUAUUUCAUUUUCCAUUCCCAAGGGCGCCACUGUAGCACUGGUGGGUCCUUCUGGAGGAGGCAAAUCAACCAUCCUACGUCUUCUUUUCCGAUUCUACGAUCCCACCUCAGGUGCUAUCUACAUUGAUGGUCAGGAUAUCUCCAAGGUUGCCCAAGAGUCGCUUCGACGAAACAUUGGUGUCGUUCCUCAAGAUACCGUAUUGUUCAAUGAUACUAUCCUUUACAAUAUUGGCUAUGGUAACUUGGAUGCACCUGAAGAUGCUAUCUUUAGAGCUGCCAAAGCUGCCCAGAUCCAUGACAAGAUCCUUACAUUCCCUGAUGGAUAUGAUACCAAGGUUGGCGAACGUGGUCUUCGUUUAAGUGGUGGUGAAAAGCAACGAGUGGCUAUUGCACGUACCAUUCUUAAGGACCCACCAAUCAUUUUGCUGGAUGAAGCUACUAGUGCACUUGACACAUCGACUGAACGACACAUCCAACAAGCAUUGGCUACCAUGACAAAGGAUCGCACUACUUUAGUCAUCGCUCAUCGCUUAUCAACCAUUGUUAAUGCUGAUUUGAUCCUUGUGAUCAAGGAAGGUCGUGUUGUGGAAUCAGGUACCCAUGAAGAGUUGAUCAGACAAGGUGCUGCCAAUAAUGAAGGCGUAUACUAUGAAAUGUGGCAAAAGCAGCUGCAUGAAGAUUUGGAUGAAGCGGAGACCGUCAAUGCAAGCAAUAGCGACACCGACAAACAAAAGAUCCAGGAUGAAAACAAACCCAAGUCGGCACCACCACCGACCGUUGAUACCAGCGUAGCAAAGUCAUCUGAUCAAAAGCAAGUGGUUGAAUCACCUACUGAGAUGGAAGCUGAAGCACAAAACGCCGGCUCUUCUACCACCACACCCGAUUCUACACCAACACCCUCAGUCACAACUCCAUCCAACAACAGCAACAAGAAUAACAAAAAGAAGAAGAAAAAGAGCAAGAGAGGUUCCACUAAAUUCUAA